GUUCCUACACGGACUAUUUUGGUCGUAGCACGAGUUAAAUGUACCUUGAACUUCCAGAGUUGACUUUCUCGAUUUAUUCAGGUUAAACUAUUUUAAUUACAAUGUCUAAUAUCACCAAUUUAUCCCGUGUCGUCCACGCAUUGAGGGUCCAACGGCUGACAAAUGUUUUUUGCUUGAAAACACCCGCUUUUGCUUGCAACUUUUCGAGAUUUCUGCACUCGAACUACUCGUCCAGCAGAACUUUCGCAAAGCAUCGAUUUGAAUGCGCUACACAUUACACCUCUUCAGCAAAGAAGGACACCGUUAGGAUAGGAUGCGCGUCCGGGUUUUGGGGAGAUACGGCGGCCUCAGUCCCCCAGCUGAUACACAGUGGGCAGAUAGACUACCUGGUGUUUGACUACCUCAGUGAGAUCACCAUGUCUCUCCUCACCGUGGCCAAGACCAAGAUGCCUAAUAUGGGUUAUGCCCCUGACUUUGUCCAAAUAGCUAUAGCUCCUUUUAUACAUGACAUCCAUAAGAAAGGUAUCCGGGUGGUCAGUAAUGCCGGGGGUGUGAACCCGCUGGCGUGCGCUGCCGCUAUACAGGAAGUAGUCAAGAAAGCGGGACUUGAUCUCAAGGUCGCCGUGGUAACUGGCGAUGACCUCAUGGCUCAGAAAGGCAGUCUGUCUGAGGUGAGAAUGGCUGAUGGGGUGAGCAGGUCUAAGCUGCCUACAACCGUCCACAGUAUGAAUGCCUACCUGGGUGCAGUGCCCAUCCAGAGGUGUCUAGACCUGGGGGCUGACAUUGUAGUCACAGGGAGAUGUGUGGACAGUGCUGUCGCCCUAGGACCUCUUAUGCACUCUUUUGGGUGGAAGCAAAACAACUAUGACCUGUUGGCAGCUGGGAGUCUUGCAGGCCAUCUCAUAGAGUGUGGUGCCCAGGCAACAGGUGGCAUAUUCACAGACUGGCACACAGUACCCGACUGGGAUAACAUGGGAUUCCCAGUGGUGGAGUGUUCAGCUGAUGGUUCCUUCAUUCUGUCCAAGCCGCCCAAAACAGGCGGAUUGGUGUCGUUCGGAACGGUCGCCGAGCAACUGGUGUACGAGAUCGGUGACCCGCAGAAAUACCUGCUUCCUGACGUCACCUGUGAUUUCUCUAACGUCAACAUCACUGAAGUAGCAGGAGUGGAGGGAGGGGCUGUCAAAGUGACCGGGGCCAGAGGUUUUGCUCCGUCCAAUGACUACAAGGUGUGUGCCACCUACAUGGAUGGGUACAGGGCUACAGCAGUGUGUCCAGUAGGGGGCCCCAGAGCCACCGAGAAGGCCAGACGCACCGCAGAGAGCAUCAUCAAACGGACGCGUCGGAUGUUCAAGCAGCUGGGUCUGGAGGACUUCACCGCUGUCAACAUUCAGGUAUUGGGGGCCGAAGAUACCUACGGACCACACAGUAAUAACACGACCCCUAGAGAGGUGGUCGUCUGGAUGGCUGUGCGUCAUAAACAGAAGAAAGCUCUGGAGUUCUUUGCCAGGGAGAUAGCACCUGCAGGAACGGGCAUGGCUCCUGGACUCAUGGGCAUAGUUGGAGGACGACCAAGAGUCUCUCCGGUUCUGAAGCCUUUCUUCUUCAUGCAUUCAAAGUCUCAGCUGAAGGUGGACGUGCACAUUGGUGGAGAGCACGCCGAGACGCACACUGGGGCGGAGUCAGACUCUGAGGCUCCGCCCCCAGCGGAGGAGAAAGCUGUACCUGUCGCAGAUCUGCCCAGUGGUCCCCACUCCUACAGGCUGGAGGAGUUGGCCUACACCAGGAGUGGAGACAAGGGAGACUCUAGUAACAUCGGUGUGAUAUCACGCCACCCCAUUUACUUCCCCUACCUGAAGAAACACCUGACGGAGACAGUGGUGGGGGAAUAUUUCCAUCACCUCAUACAGCCAGACACACAUGAUGCUGUCACACGUUAUGAGUUACCAGGGAUUCAUGCUCUCAACUUCGUCCUGCAAAGCUCUCUGGGAGGCGGUGGGGUGGCAUCGAUACGCUGUGACCCUCAGGGUAAAGCCUAUGGUCAGAUGCUGCUGGACCUCAAACUGACCGGCUUACCAGACCUCAAGUCUCUGGUCGACUGAGACGGGGAGAGAGAGAAAGACAGAGAGAGAGAGAGGACAAAUAUAUGACGAAAUAUAGAGAUGUAUUGUUUGUCAAUGGAGAUUUCUCAUGAUAUAUCCUGGCUACAUACAUUGAUUCAGGAGUGGAAGAGAGGGCAUUAUCUCUGUGUGUGGAGAUCUCAAACUGCAAACUGCAUCUCAAAUGCACCCUACUAUUCCCUAUGUAGUGCACUACUUUAGACCAGAACCCAAUGGAACCCUAUUCCCUAUGUAGUGCACUACUUUAGACCAGAACCCUAUGUCACCCUAUGUAGUGCACUACUUUUGAUGCUCUGUAUCAUUAAACUAUGUCUCUAUCUUACUGCUGGGACUCAGAUCCGUUUGUGAAGAUAAUGCUCUGUAUCAUUAAACUAUGUCUCUAUCUUACUGCUGGGACUCAGAUCCGUUUGUGAAGAUAAUGCUCUGUAUCAUUAAACUAUGUGUCUAUCUUAUUGUGCAUUUGGACAGACAACCACUACACUGACAGGAAGGAAGAUACUGAUGCUAUAUACCUUCUUUCUACUUCCGGUUGAAGGAAGAUACUGUAUCUUCUGGCUCACUUCCUGCUGAAGGAGGAUUCUGUUCCUUCUGGCCCACUUCCUGUUGAAGGAAGAUACUGUAUCUUCUGGCUCACUUCCUGUUGAAGGAAGAUACUGUAUCUUCUGGCUCACUUCCUGCUGAAGGAGGAUUCUGUUCCUUCUGGCUCACUUCCUGUUGAAGGAGGAUUCUGUUCCUUCUGGCCCACUUCCUGAUGAAGGAGGAUUCUGUUCCUUCUGGCUCACUUCCUGUUGAAGGAGGAUUCUGUUUCUUCUGGCUCACUUCCUGUUGAAGGAGGAUUCUGUUUCUUCUGGCUCACUUCCUGCUGAAGGAGGAUUCUGUUCCUUCUGUCUCACUUGCUUCAACGUUGGACAGACGACAUAUUUCUAGAUGGUACAAAGCGACAGAAGAUGUUCUGAAACAAAGUUUAAAAAACGCUCCUUUGUUUUAGUUUCUCGUUUCAAAAUAUUCUUUCCAAGAACACAACAAGCCGAGUUUUAAAGGACAACAUCUACCAUAGUCUAAAUGCAUCUCAAAUGGCACCCUAUUCCCUUCAUAGUGCACUACUUUAGACUGGAGCCCUACAUAGAUUAAAUCCCAAAUGGCACCCUAUUCCCUUCAUAGUGCACUACUUUAGACUGGAGCCCUAUGGGGGCUACAUAGGUUAAAUCCCAAAUGGUACCCUAUUCCCUAGCCCUAACCAGACCCUAACCAGACCCUAACCAGACCCUAACUAGACUCUAACCUGACCCUAACCCCCACCAGACCCUAACCCCUCCAGACCCUAACCCCUCCAGACCCUAACCCCACCAGACCCUAACCCCUCCAGACCCUAACCCUAACCCCCACCAGACCCUAACCCCACCAGACCCUAACCCCACCAGACCCUAACCCCUCCAGACAAUAACUAGACCCUAACCCCACCAGACCCUAACCCCUCCAGACCCUAACCCCUCCAGACCCUAACCCUAACCCCUCCAGACCCUAACCCUAACCCCUCCAGACUAACCCCUCCAGACCUUAACCCUAACCCCUCCAGACCCUAACCCUAACCCCACCAGACCCUAACCCUAACCCCUCCAGACCCUAACCCUAACCCCUCCAGACCCUAAUCCUAACCCCACCAGACCCUAACCCCACCAGACCCUAACCCCACCAGACCCUAACCCCUCCAGACCCUAACCCCUCCAGACCCUAACCAGCCUUUCAAAGCACUUCAUUGCUACUGAUGUGAGUGCUACAGGGCGGUAGUCAUUUAGGCAAUCUUCAAUCUUAGUCCUCUUUUGACACUUUGCCUGUUUGAUGGUUCGUCGCAGGGCAUAGCAGGAUUUCUUAUAAGCGUCUGGAUUAGUGUCCCGCUCCUUAUAAGUGGCAGCUCUAGCCUUUAGCUCGGUGCGGAUGUUGCCUGUAAUCCAUGGCUUCUGGUUGGGAUUUGUACGUACGGUCACUGUGGGGACGACGUCGUCGAUGUACUUAUUGAUGAAGCCGAUGACUGAGGUGGUGUAUUCCUCAAUGCCAUUGGAUGAAUCCCAGAACAUAUUCCAGUCUGUGCUGCAAAAUAGUCCUGUAGUGUAGCAUCCGCAUCAUCGGACCUGAGCGAGUCACUGGUACUUCCUGCUUUAGUUUUUGAUUGUAAGCAGGAAUCGGGAGGAUAGAAUCACGGUCAGAUUUGCAAAAUGGAGGGCUAGGGAGAGCUUUGGAUGUGUCUCUGUGUGUGGAGUAAAGGGGGUCUAGGAUUUGUUUUCCUCUGGUUGAACAUGUGACACUCUGAUAGAAAUGAGGUAAAACGGAUUUAAGUUUGCCUGCAUUAAAGUCCCCGGCCUCUAGGACGGCCAAUUCUGGAUUAGCAUUUUCUUGUUUGCUUAUACAGCUAGUUGAAUGCUGUCUUAGUGCUAGCAUUGGUUUGUGCUGUUAAAUAGACGGCUACGAAGAAUAUAGAUGGAAACUCUCUUGAUAAAUAGUGUGGUCUACAGCUUAUCAUGAGGUACUCUACCUCAGGCGAGCAAUACCUCAAGACUUCCUUAAUAUUAGACAUCGCGCACCAGCUGUUAUUGACAAAUAGACACCCACCCCCACCCCUCAUCUUACCAGACGUAGCUGUUCUGUCUUGCCGAUGCACGGAAAACCCAGCCAGUUCUAUAUUAUCCGUGUCGUCGUUCAGCCACGACUUCGGUGAAACAUAAGACAGUUUAUAAUGUCCCGUUGGUAGGAUAGUCUCGAACGGAGAUCAUCCAGUUCAUACCGACUGUCUCACAAGUCUCUGUGCUUUGUGUGUGUGUGUGUGUCUGUGUGUGUGUGUGUGGGUGUGUGUGUGUGUGUGUCAGUCAGUCAUAAAGCCCUGGAGCUCAUUAGCUGUCUCCAGUCUUUGACACAGGAAGUCCAGGACCAAAAGGUCCAGCUGUUGACAGGAGUGACAAGUUAAAAGGAUUAAAAGGAGGAAGGCCAGUCAGAAAAGAGUGUGUGUGAGAAACAGAUUGGUAUGUGUGUGUGUGUGUGAGACAGACCUGUGUGUGUGUGAGAGACAGAUCAGUGUGUGAGAGACAGAUUGGUGUGUGUGAGACAGAUCAGUGUGUUUGUGGGACAGAUUGUAUAUGUGUGUUAGAGACAGAUCGGUGUGUUUGUGUGUGUGAGACAGAUCGGUGUGUUUGUGUAUGGGAGACAGAUCGCUGUGUGAGUGUGUUAGACAGAUCGCUGUGUGACUGUGUUAGACAGAUCGCUGUGUGACUGUGUUAGGGAAACUAAAAGGGAUGAUGACGGAUGACAUUUAUCUCCCUUGAACUUCUCUGACUUCUCAACUUGUGUGUGUGUGUGUGUGUGUGUGUGUGUGUGUGUGUGUGUGUGUGUGUGUGUGUGUGUGGGACUGUGGGACUCUCUACUACUUUACUGUGAGAUGUAGUACCCGCUGCUUCUUUAACAGAAUGAAGCCAGCCAGCGCUGCCUGAGAACCAGCUAGACAGUGUUCUAGUACUCUUGUGUUCUAGUGUUCUAGUACUCUAGUAUUCUAGUGUUCUAGUACUCUAAUGUUCUAGUAUUCUAGUGUUCUAGCUGUUAUACCUUCUCUGUUAUAUUAUAGGCUUCAGAUGACGGGAUGUCGUCCAAUCAUGACAAUUCAGUGUGUUCUGUAGAACUCUACUAACAGUGAACAGCGUGUGUUCUGUAGAACUCUAACAGUGAACAGAGUGUGUUCUGUAGAGCUCUAACAGUGAACAGAGUGUGUUCUGUAGAGCUCUAACAGUGAACAGAGUGUGUUCUCUAGAGCUCUAACAGUGAACAGAGUGUGUUCUGUAGAGCUCUAACAGUGAACAGAGUGUGUUCUGUAGAGCUCAAACAGUGAACAGUGUGUUCUGUAGAACUCUACUAACAGUGAACAGAGUGUGUUCUGUAGAGCUCUAACAGUGAACAGAGUGUGUUCUGUAGAGCUCUAACAGUGAACAGAGUGUGUUCUGUAGAACUCUACUAACAGUGAACAGAGUGUGUUCUGUAGAGCUCUAACAGUGAACAGAGUGUGUUCUGUAGAGCUCUAACAGUGAACAGAGUGUGUUCUGUAGAACUCUACUAACAGUGAACAGAGUGUGUUCUGUAGAACUCUAACUCACAAUAGUACUGCAUUAGUGUACAGUAGCGGUGAUGCAGCUAGCUGGUGGUAGUAGGGUGAGGUGUGUGUAGGUGCGUGCGUCAGCGGGGUUUGGCGGGGGAGGUGCGGUAUCCGCGGGCAGGUUUUGGGCUGCCUGUAUAAACACAGCUCGUGUCGAUAAUGUGUUUUUGAGUAUUUUAUUAAAGAGUGUGAAACAG